AUGGCGGACUUCCCGCCGCUCGCGCCAGUGCCGCCCGCUGCACUCCGGUCCACCAUCCCAUCAGAUGACUGGGAAGCCUGCCUGGAUGCAUGGAUGAUGCUGCUGGGCAUUCGUCUAAAUGCAACAGAUCAGCAAUUCCAAGAUGCCGCGGUCCACGAUGUCCCGGCCGUCUCCUUUUUGGAGUCGUACUAUCAGCACAUGGCAGCCGGGGAUGCGGGCCUGCAGACAGGACCCAAAGCAAGAAGACUUCGGAAGCUCUGUUUUCUCGCGACAAGGCGGUACCUGCUGAGUCUGGCGGAUCCGCCAGAAGGCAUUCUUGACUGCAAGCUGUGGGGCAAUCUAUGUUGUUGUUUUCCUUCAAGCACGGCGUUGAAGACAUCACUCUCAAAGGCAUGGGAUUUGCACAGUGAGAAGCUCAUUUCCAGUCUAGAGAAGACAAAGUCUCUCAUUAUCAAGCAGCUGUCUCUGGCAAGCGCAACACCAAAUCCAGAGGUCAUGGCGGAUGUCCGCCGCUUGACGAUAUUGGCGUCCGUGCUACCGCCCUGCGGUCAAGUGUUGAUGGCAGGCUCGGACUUCCUGGACACCGUCUCGGAUGCCUACCUGACCCAGAAGAACCAGGAAGAUCUCCGCCGGAUUCUCGUGGCCAAUAUCUAUGUCGGGAUGAUCUCGCUGUUGAAAGAGCCAUCGGCCAAUCUGUCCUUGCUCCUGGACCAGCUAUUCAGCCUUAAAGCUGCCGCAGGCUUAGGCACACCGAGGAUGAAGAAGGAACCGACUCUGCUUUCUGAUCUGGUUUGCAGUUCGGAUAUCCUUCUUCGAUUGGAGAAAUAUCUAACCGCGCAUCCACAAAAACGAGCGGAGGAUCUACUCGUCCAAUUACGCGUCUACCAGAUGGAAUCCAAGCCCCUGCACCACCGGUAUCAAAGACGCAAGAAAGUGGACAAGGGUAAAGGCCCAUCGUCUGGUGCUCUUAUCCCCGAGGAGCUCCAUGUACACAAGAUGUCACUAGUCACGCAAGUGCAAGACCUCUUCCCCGACCUCGGGUCCGGGUUUAUCGUCAGGCUCCUGGAGUUCUAUAACGACAACCCGGAGACCAUCGUCGCGCAACUUCUAGACGACAACCUGCCACCGGAGCUCCAGUCUCUAGAUCGAACCGAACAGCUACCGGCCCCACAAGCAGGAUCCAGCCACGACGCGUUGGCACUGCGGCCAACGCCUCCAGCAAUCCCUUCACCCCCAUCAUCUGCGCCAACGCGCAAGAACAUCUUCGACGCAGACAUCGAUAUCGCCGAACUCAGCCGCUCCGAAGCCGCCACACAAUCAAAAAGCAAGCUCCGCUUCGGCCGCGCAAACCCAGACCUGACAGCCGAUGAAGUCCUCGCCGACCGCAGCCAGCACGCCACCAACAAAGCAGCCAUCCUCUCCGCGCUGGCGAAUUUCGACUCCGACGACGACGAGCGCGACGACACCUAUGACGUCGCCGACGUGGGCGGAACCGUCGACGCCACGACGGCCGGCACAGACGCUGAGGCAGAGGCGGACAUGCGCAACCGCCGCGCCGACCAACUAGAUAUGAUCCUCUUCCGCGCUUACAAGUCCAAUUCUGCGCUCUUUGCGCGUGAUUCUGCUACACGUCGCUCGCAGCCGCGCGCUUCUCUUAAGCGGGACACCGAGAUGACGGAUGAGGCUAUUGAAGGGUGGGCUGUCAUGCUCUCCCGCGAUCCGAAACGGCUCGCUAGGCUUGAAGAUCGACUUGCGCUGGAUUCUGGCGGUGUUGGUGGUGGGGCUUUGAACCAGACGGAUCUGCCUCCGACGUCGUACCGAAAGCCACGGCCGGAAGAGAUCGAGUCAGAUGAGGAAGGCGACUCCUCUGUUUCUGCUGCUCCGCGCGGGGGCAGAGGCGGCGCGGGAGGAGGAGGAGGUGGCGGUGGACGCGGACGAGGCAGAGGUGGUAGAGGUAGGGGUGGUAGACCACCACCACAGUCUGGGGAACAGAGCGGUGCCGCCUCGAGACAAAAGAAGGAGGAGAAUAAGGCCAGCCGCGCAAAUCAUAAUCGGCGACAGCAGCGUGCGAAGAAGAUUGCGCGUGGGGGUGGGCUGCCAGGGUGA